AUCAACAUUCUUAAUGAAAAAGAUAUGUCUCCCUUUCUUUGGGCACUUCACAAAAAGCCACUUAAUAGGUCUCUUCUUAAUUGGCUUGCUAAAAAUGGCGGGAGACCAAAAUCUGAUCACACAUUUUGCAAAUUUCUUAGGAUAACUAUGCUCACAAAAUGGGAUGAUAAUGAUUUGAAAUAUGUUGCCGCUUUAUUUUAUCAUUAUAAAAUUAAAGUCACAGAACUCAAAUGUGACCAAUUUCAUUACUUACAUGAAUAUAUUGCAAAAAAUGGGAUAUAUGAACCACUUGAGAAGAUGUUUACUUAUUUUUGGGAUUGUUAUAAUUUAAAAAUAAUGAAUCAGGCUUUGGUACAUGCAAAAG